CUGUCGGGUUCUUUGUGCUUUCCGUCAAUUUCUUCUCGGAGAGCGACUAAUUUCGACGAUUAGCUCGGUGGCUGUUUUCUUUCAAUUCGUGCAUUUCGUCAGAUUAACAGGUUUUAAGGGAAAUUUCUUCCACGCGACGACUUUUUUUUGUUUGGUUCAAGAAUCAGUAAAUGUAUUCGCCUUUCAUUGCAGUAGUAGGGUUUAUAGUUUCUUAAGCUAGAGGUGUGAGUUUUUUUCUUCUCCUUAGGUUUUGAGAUAUAAAUUUUGGGUUGUAAUGGGGGAUAUAACUUGGGUUGAAGAGGGUAAUGGCUCUGCGACUUCUUCGAGGAAAAGGAAAGCGAGACCUAAACGAUUCGAAUUUGUAGGAUGGGGUUCGAGACAACUCAUUGAGUUUCUACACUCUCUUGGUAAAGAUACUUCAGAAAUGAUCUCUCGUUAUGAUGUUAGUGACACUAUUGCUAAGUAUAUUUCAAAGGAAGGUCUUUUAGAUCCUUCCAAUAAGAAGAAAGUUGUGUGCGACAAAAGAUUGGUUUUGCUUUUCGGGACUAGGACGAUUUUCAGAAUGAAAGUCUAUGAUCUCCUUGAAAAGCAUUACAAAGAGAAUCAGGAUGAUUCUGACUUUGAUUUUCUCUACGAGGAUGAGCCGCAGAUUAUUUGUCAUUCGGAGAAGAUAGCUAAACGGACAAGUAAGGUUGUUAAGAAACCUAGAGGUACUUUUGCUGCUAUUGUGAGUGAUAAUAUCAAGCUUCUCUACUUGAGAAAGAGCUUAGUCCAGGAACUGCUCAAGUCUCCUGAUACCUUUGAGGGUAAAAUGUUGGGAAGUUUUGUGAGGAUCAAGUCUGACCCUAAUGAUUAUCUUCAGAAGUACCCUUAUCAGCUUGUUCAGGUGACAGGCGUGAAGAAGGAACAUGGGACUGAUGAUUUUCUUCUUCAGGUUACAAAUUAUGUGAAAGAUGUUUCUAUAUCUGUGCUAUCUGAUGAUAAUUUCUCCCAGGAGGAAUGUGAAGAUUUACAUCAGAGAAUAAAGAACGGACUUCUUAAGAAGCCUACUAUUGUGGAGAUGGAAGAAAAAGCUAAAAAAUUACAUAAAGAUCAAACAAAACACUGGCUUGGAAGAGAAAUUGAAUUGUUAAAAAGGCUUAUUGAUCGGGCUAAUGAGAAGGGAUGGCGAAGAGAGCUGUCCGAGUACCUAGAUAAGAGGGAGCUUCUUCAAAAUCCAGAUGAACAGGCCAGGCUACUCCGCGAAGUUCCAGAAGUUAUUGGAGAGGAACUUGUACAAAACCCUGAAGUUUCGUCCCCUGAGGCUCAUAAAAGUGACAACGAGCAACGAUUGAGUGAAUCUCCAUUAUCGUGCAUCCAUGAAACCCCAGAAGCUCGCAACCUCUUUGGUGGAGAAGAUCAACAAUUUAAUAACGGCUAUGUGAUGUCAAACCCCAUCACAACUCCGGGAAUCACAUCUUGUGCUACGGAAAUUAACAAGGGAUUGCCAACAUGGAUUGCUUCUGCAGGUGCGCAUAACAUGUAUAGGGUUUCUUGUUUCACUUUGUUGCAUCUUACCACCAUUGUUCUUUGUUAUUACUUAACAUGUUAACAAAUUUUAGCUACUUCCUGUUCUUGCCUGUGACAAAUUUGCAUCUUAUCUGCCUUUUGGAUGUUGAGAAGCCAGUGGAUAUUACUGCGUUCUUCAUAUGAAAUUCUUGAUUUACCCAAAAAAUAGAAAAUUCACGCCAAAGAAUUGGUUCUUGAAACUUCAUGUAAAGUUUGUAGCAGUAUUUUAGGCUAUGACAGCAUCUGGUGGCAUACAGGUUGUUGUGUCUCUUUCUUUCUUUAUUUUUGCUGUGGCAGAAUCUGAAAGAGAAAAGCGAGCAAAUUAUGCUAGUGGAAAUGGAAAAGAGAUGUAAUAUUUGUUUUGUAGCUAUACUGGUUUUAAGAGAGAAAUUGACGUAUGGAUCUUUUAAAGAUUCGAGAUUGAUAUGCGUCAACUAGUUGGUCUGGUUUGCUCUAUUGUAUAGUAUCCAAACUUUUUAUAAAGGAUGAGUUGGUUCUGGAAUUGGUACCAAUCCGCAUUCUUGUCAAUUACAGGUGCUGAGUAUCUUCAUGUAGAUGUAGAGCAGCCAGCAAAUGGCAUCAUUGGAGGAGAGACGCCGACUGAAGAGUCUAAAGUUUCUCAGCUUCAGUCAAGUAUACCAGUAAAUAAUGUCGACAACGGAUCUCAAGUUCAACCAAAUCCAUCAGAAGUAAUCGAACUGAGCGAUGAUGAUGAAGAUGACAACGGUGAUGGAGAGACCCUGGACCCUAAAGUUGAAGACGUCCGGGUUCUGUCUUAUGAUAAAGAGAAGUUAAACUGGUUAUACAAAGAUCCUCAGGGUCUUGUACAGGGACCAUUCUCUCUCACACAACUCAAAGCUUGGAGCGACGCAGAGUAUUUCACCAAACAGUUCAGGGUUUGGAUGACAGGAGAAAGCAUGGAAUCCGCAGUUUUACUAACCGAUGUUCUUCGUCUAGUGUAACUAAUGCAAUACUCUGAAGACUAUUAGAUUCAGUCAAAAGUGGUUUCAGUAAUCUGUUAUCGUCUGUCAUUAUCUUCAAAUUGCAGUAGGUUUUGCUCCUCCUUUUCAGUAAACAGCAAAAGAAAAAAAAAGGAUGUGAAGCUAACAGUGUUAUGACCUUAGUUAGACUCCACGAGUAUGAACAGUUUGUUUUAUCAGUCAUUGCUUUUGCAGUUUCUUGUCUAAAUAUUUAUCCAAUUAUGGAAAACUAAAAGGAGAUUAAUGGAAAAACUAAUCCAAUUAUGCUUGAUGAUUAGUACACAAUGAGUGUUUUCCAAAUAA